AUGUGGACAAAUGGAAUUUUUUUUCUUGUAUUAUUUGGUGUCUCUGCAUUAGUAGUGUCAAUUUCUUCUGCAUUGUUGAAGAGAAAAAAUGUGACGCUUCCUAUUGAGGCUUGGACUCCUUAUGCAUUAGACUCGAAUGUUUUAUUUCGUGUUACCUAUGGAUUUCAAAGCAUUGCCCUAGUAAUGGCUGCUUUUACAUCAGCUUCUGUGGAGGGUUUGGUUUUAACUUUUAUACUCCAAACUUGUGCUCAACUUGAGUUACUUUUCCAUCGCCUUCAAUUGAUUCCUCAUCUACUGAAAGAUUACAAAUUGCAUUCUGACUUAUGGAUACAUGAAUCGAAUCUUAUUACGGAUUGUAUAAAACAUCAUAUGCACAUUUAUACGAUAGGCAAUCGAUUGAACAACGUAUUUGGAUUUGUGAUUUUUACGCAAUUUUUUUCGUCCAUGAUUAGUCUUUGUGCUGUUGUUUACGAGCUUUCCAGCCUAAGUAUAUCUAAUUCAAUAAUUUGGUCCAUACUGUUUUGUCUGAGUUGUGUUAUUAUGCAAACAUUUCUCUACUGCUUUUAUGGAGAAAAAAUUAUUCAGAAGUGCCAAUCAUCAAACAUCUUCAUCGACUACAGUCCAGAAAUAGCACAAGAAGAUAAUUUCUACAUCAAAUCACCUUUCCAGGUGCCACCCUUGCCCAAUACGUCAGUCAAGAGAAAGUUGUCUUGA